GCACGAAACCGAGGCAAUCCAUACAAGGCCGCUCCCCUCGAUCGCAUCCAUCAUACAACCUCGCCGCCGCCAACGAGGUACGGGAUCACCGCCGCCGAGCCGAGGCACGGAUCGCAGCCGCCGAGCGAUCUUCCUCAAUCUUUUGUCUAGGGUUCCCCGCCUCCGCCGUCGAUGGCGACGGCGCCAUCCCGGAACCUCGGGGCAGGUCAGGACUCCAGGCAGGUCGUGCUUGUGUGGAGUCGCCGCACUCCGCACGCCGCUGCCGCCGCCGCUGACGCCGCCGCUGAUCCCUACGGACGAAGCCGUCCAACGAACGGCCGCUGCAGGCGCCACAACAGCAGCUCGUUACCGAAAUAUCAGGGGCGCAGAUGAUGUACAGGAUCAUCUCGUCCAUGCCAUGGAACAAAGCCACCUGCUUGAUUAGCUCCAAACAGAGGUAAGGCUUGAUGCCCCGCUGGAUCAACUAUUUUUACAAUAUUGUUGUGACUUUGUAAUGACUGUAGCCCAUUUUUUCUUCAUUGUUCUUUGGUCCUUUUUGGGAGAUUCAACAAAUUUCUUCCAAAUUAUCACAAAUGGAGAUGUUUGUCUGAACCAUUAUGUAAAAGAAUUGAAAUCACUGACAUAUUAAAUUCAGCCAUAAUUGCAUGAACGAGUGAGUGCUGAGUAGCAAAGCCAAUUUUUGCCAGUUCAGAUAUCUAGCAACAUAAUAAUAAGACCACUAAAACCAAUAAUGGUACUAUAUGUCUUACAAAUUAAUUUACCCGUACAACGGAUUGAGGCAGUAGAUUACAGAGGCCUGCAUCAUGAUGGCCCUUUUCAUGUCAGUUAUCUUGGACCAGUAAAAGGUAACCGCAUCUCUCUUACAAUUUUUUGGACUAUUAAUAUUUUCCCUGUCUCAGCCAACCAAAAGAUACUUUCAUGCAGCUAUUUCUAAUUUAAUUUAAACCAAGAUGACUUUCACCAGUCCCUUUUUUUUAGUUUUCAUGCAUUUAUCAAGGCGCUACUUUGUUACUUGGAAUGAUAAAAUAGCUACAAUAGAUAUGCUGAUUUUGUGUUUGAAUCAGUGUGUACUGUUAUGAUGAGUGCCUCUUUUAUUUGCCAAGCUCCAAUGGCUUACCAAGAUGUGGCUUUUUUCAUUGACCAGGUAAUUAAAUUAUGAAUUUGAAAAAAGUGAAGGUGAGGUAGAGAAUAUUGGUCAUGUCAAGAAAUAAUGCUUGUGUUGUUUUAUUCCAGUCAAUGUAUUGUUUCUCCGGCUCGUGAACUGAGAGGACCUUCGUUCAAGUAUUAUGGAAGCUCAACCGGGUACUUUCGGAGUCGACUGAUUAAAAGCUAGACACUGAUUCUUUUUAUUUCGUAAUUUACUUUGUUGUGAUCCCAACAAUUUGUUUUUAUUUCGAAAUUGGUAUUAAUCUUGGCAUAGGAAACUCGUAUGCUGCUGUGACCAUAAUUUGAAGUGACAUUGUGCUCAAUCAACCAUUAUUUGGCUCCGCUGAACGUAAUUGCAGGGUGUAAGCUCUUCUAUUCUCGCAACAGUUAGUCCUAAAGGACCAAAGGUCCUUUAAAUAUGUUGAAAUAUUAAUACAAAUGUAGCAUCAAUGGCAUUAAAAUGGAAUAUGAAAUCGGGUAAUUCGAUAUUGGUGUAUUUGUAGAUAGGUUUCUCAUCUGUGAUUUUUUCGCAUAUAGUUUGCUGCUUUAUAAACUUGUAUAACUAUGCACUGUUGUGAUGUCGUUAUGAAAGUCGUUUCUGGUGCAGAUGAAGAACAGUUCCUAAAUAUCAUCAUUGCACCUAACAACAAAGUGCAUUUCUCCGUUGAUCUCUUCUUACAUCACGAAGCAUUUCUAUGUUUCAUAUACAUAUUGAUAUAUUUUAUCUGUGCAUUUGUAGGACUGAAGGUGCCUCCAUAUUUUGAAGUACUUAAAUCCAGCGUGCAACAACCAAUGUCAUAUCACGUGGUCAGCAGGGAAGGGUAGCAUGGUGACAAGACAACCAUCAUCGGCAAUGGACGACUGAGCAGAGGAUUGGCUCAAUGUAGAUGCAGAAUCGAGAGGAGACCUAAACAAGCUUCCUCUCAGUUCAGAAAAAAAAAAUCAUUUCUGGCAUAACCUGGGAAGGAUUCUGAUCAAGAAUCACUGUUGCUGGAGGUUCCUCGCAAUGGACGGCACCGAUAGGCAAAACUUCUUUGUUACCCACACCAUCUCUACAAUAAGAGGGCGUGCAUAUGGAAAAAGAAGGAUAUGAUGAUCUACUUAUCGGCUCCUAGGAAUGAAGGACUGUUUUUCUUUCUUUAAGUGCUUAUCAGGAAUAAGUAGCCAAGCUUUACAGUGGCGAAAUGGUGCAGUAUAAUUUCAAGAAAAUCACUGUUGUCCCUCCCAGGAAGGACUUCAUUGACAUAAUCUUGUCCCGCACUCAGAGGCAAACGCCAACUGUUGUCCACAAGGGCUAUGCUAUCAACCGCAUUCGCCAGUUCUAUAUGCGCAAGGUUCGCUACACUCAGCAGAACUUCUACGAAAAGCUGUCCACCAUCAUCGAUGAGUUCCCCCGACUGGAUGACAUCCACCCUUUCUAUGGCGAUCUCCUUCAUGUGCUCUACAACAAGGACCACUACAAACUUGCCUUGGGCCAGAUCAAUACGGCUAGAAAUAUCAUUGCAAAGAUCUCCAAGGACUAUUUGAGGCUGCUCAAGUAUGGAGACACCCUGUACCGGUGCAAGUGCCUCAAGGUUGCUGCACUAGGUCGCAUGUGUACUGUUCUGAAGCGCAUCAGUCCUAGUUUGGCAUACCUGGAGCAGAUCAGGCAGCACAUGGCCAGGCUUCCAUCAAUUGACCCAAACACCCGUACUAUCUUGAUUUGCGGCUAUCCAAAUGUUGGGAAGAGCUCUUUCAUGAACAAGGUUACAAGGGCUGAUGUGGACGUACAGCCUUAUGCUUUCACAACAAAAUCCCUUUUCGUUGGCCAUGCAGAUUACAAGUAUCUGCGGUACCAAGUGAUUGACACUCCGGGGAUCCUUGAUCGGCCUUUUGAGGACAGGAACAUCAUAGAAAUGUGCAGUAUCACCGCUCUUGCCCACUUGAGGGCUGUUGUGCUGUUCUUCUUGGACAUCUCUGGUUCUUGUGGGUACACUAUUGCUCAGCAAGCUGCACUCUUCCACAGUAUAAAAUCCUUGUUCAUGAAUAAGCCUCUAGUCAUUGUGUGCAACAAGACUGAUUUGCAGCCGCUUGACGGGCUUUCUGAAGAGGACAUGAAGCUGGUAAUGGAGAUGAAGUCAGAGGCUAUGAAGACUAUACCUCAAGGUGGAGAUCCUAGUGAAGAGGGUGUUUUGUUGACUAUGAGUGCUUUAACAGAUGAGGGUGUGAUGGCUGUUAAAAAUGCUGCAUGUGAGAGGCUUCUUGAGCAGAGGGUGGAGAUCAAGAUGAAAUCAAAGAAGAUCAAUGACUGCUUAAAUAGGUUUCAUGUUGCUAUGCCCAAGCCUCGUGACAACAGAGAUAGGCCUACUUGCAUUCCUCAGGCUGUUCUUGAAGCUCAAGCAAUUGCUGCUGCAAAGGAAAAGAAGAAACUUGAGAGGGACCUUGAGAAUGAGAAUGGAGGUGCUGGUGUCUAUUCCGCCAGUCUCAAGAAGCAUUACUUAUUGGCCAAUGAUGAAUGGAAGGAAGAUAUUCUCCCUGAGAUAUUGGAUGGGCAUAAUGUUGCUGAUUUCCUGGAUCCGGAUAUCUUGGAAAGGUGUGAAGAACUGGAAAGGGAGGAGGGUCUUCGUCUUGAAGAAGAAGCUGCUCAGGAUGCUUUCAUGGUUGAUGGCCAUGACGAGUUAACUGAAGAACAGCGUGAGAUAUUGGGUAAGAUUAGGAAGAAGAAGGCAAUGUUCAUCCAAGAGCAUAGGAUGAAGAAGAGUACUGCAGAGAGCCGGCCUAUUGUUCCAAGGAAGCAUGACAAAGAUAGGAAAUUCACAACCAAGAGAUUGGGCAGACAACUCACAUCUAUGGGCGUUGAUCCUACUGCGGCUGUGAACCGACUUCGCAGCCAGUCAAGAGGCCGUAAGCGUGAGAGGUCACUGAGCAGAGCUGAUGGUGACGCUAUGGACGUUGAUGGCCAGCAUUCCGACAAGAAACUGCGUACAAGGUCGAGGUCCAGGUCCAAGUCACGACCAAUUGAAGAGGUUGUGCCAGGUGAAGGACUCAGGGACACUGCUCAAAAGAAGAAGGCCAUCAAGAAAUCAAGGGACUCUGUGAAGAACAGGAACAAGGAGGCUCGCCGUGGAGAGGCUGACCGCGUCAUCCCCACCUUAAAACCGAAGCAUCUCUUCUCUGGGAAACGAGGCAUUGGAAAGACCAGCAGGCGAUAAGCCAGCCAAUCUGGACAUUGCUGCUUGCGAUCACUGGAUCAGGAAGUACAGGAUCACUGGUAUUUUUGGUGCUGGGUAUCUAUGGGGGAGGCUUGAGCACACCAAGCUGGCAGGAGAUACUACUAGUAUCUACAUUUUCAUUUUUGUCUGUUACGCGUUGUCCUCAUUUGUUAGAUUAUGCCGAUCGUUGCCGAAGUGUAUGGUACCUUUGGUUUAUUCCGCGCUAGUGUGGAGUAGACUCAAAUUUUGUUUGAUGAUGUUCGAACGGGCCGCUUGUUUUAUACUCCCUCUGUAAACUAAUAUAAGAGCGUUUAGAUCACUAUUUUAGUAUUCUAAAUGCUCUUAUAUUAGUUUACGGAGGAAGUACUUUUUAUACUGAAGUGUGUAGGUGCUGUGAUGUUUCAGUUGGUGUUUCUAGGCAUUCAGAGAUUAUAAGGUUAGACUCUGCCCUGUUGCACUUGAGGUCUGGAACGUGUGAGUUUGAGUAAUUUCAGUAGGUACUCCGCUCCUGCAAGCAGUUGCGGUGUAGUAUUUUCUGGUGCCAGCGCUUGCCCUUGAUGUGAAUCUUUCAGGUUAACUUUGAAGAACACGUUUCUUUUCUCAUCUUGAAGGUCUUGCUGCUGGGCAGUGUCCCUAGGUAACUGCGAGGCUGUAGUCUUAUGCUUGGGCUUUUUCUUCAUUUUUUGAGAAAUAUACUUGCUGUUUGUUUGGCGCUUGUAACCUUAAGCUGGAUGUUUCGACUGGGU